CCAUCUAAACUAAAAUUCCCACUGCAUCUCUAGGCCAUGACUUUCAGAAACAAAGUGACCCAGGUGAGGCAAGGAAGGAGAGGCCUCGGGACUGGAGGUGCAGUUUACAGCUCUUGACCAGAAGCUGUUCCUAGAGCGUCAGGACAGAGAAGGCCCAGAACAGCACAGUCCCCCAAAGCAGCAGAAAAUGAUCAUGUCACAGAUAUCAUUUGAGGAUGUGGCUGUGGAUUUCACAUUGGAGGAGUGGCGGUUACUAAACCCUACCCAAAAGAACUUGUACAGAGACGUGAUGUUGGAGAACUAUAGCAAUCUAGUGUUUUUGGGUUAUCAAAUUAUCAAACCUGAUGCAGUUUUCAAGCUGGAGCAAGAAGAGCCCUGGAAAAUAAAGAAAGAAAUGCUAAGUCACAGCUUCUCAGGAGAAAAACCCUAUGGAUGUAUUGAAUGUGGAAAAACCUUCUUUGGGAAGUCACAGCUCCUUACACAUCAGCGAACUCACACUGGCGAGAAACCUUUUGAAUGCAGUGAAUGUGGGAAAGCCUUCACCCAGAAGUCAAGCCUAAUAUCCCAUCAGAGAACUCAUACAGGUGAGAAACCCUAUGAAUGCAGUGAAUGUGGGAAAACCUUCAGUGAGAAAUCAAGUCUCAUUCAUCAUCAGAGAACCCAUACUGGAGAAAAACCAUUUGAAUGUACUGAAUGCAAUAAAGCUUUUGCCUGGAAGCCACAGCUUCUUAGGCAUCAGAGAAUUCAUACAGGGGAGAAACCCUAUGCAUGCAAUGAAUGUGGGAAAGCCUUUGUUCAGAAAGUGCAGCUCAUUAAACAUCAGAGAAAUCAUACAGGAGAGAAAACCUAUGGAUGCAAUGAUUGUGCAAAAGCUUUUUUUGAGAAGGCACAGCUGAUUAUACACCAGAGAAUUCAUACAGGAGAGAGGCCUUACAAAUGUGGUGACUGUGGGAAGUCUUUCACUAGGAAGUCACACCUUAUGAGGCAUCAGAGAAUUCACACAGGAGAUAAAUACUAUGGGUGCAACAAAUGCGGGACUACCUUCAACAGGAAGUCACAGCUUGUGAUCCAUCAGAGAAAUCAUGUAACACAGAAACCACAUGAGAGCGUUUUUUUCAGAAACAAUCAGAAUUUAUCACCUAUCGAUCUGCCUUCAAGAAAAAGAAGUUUUUCGGCAGCAGGAAAAUAACAGUAGAAAUUUGGAUCUGCAGGAGGAAAGGAAGAGUACUAGAAAUACUGAACAUGUGGGUAAAUAU